AGCAGUUUGAGCAGGUGACCGGAGGCUCCGCCCACAGGCUCGCUGUUCCAUCAUGGCGGAUCCCGCUCAUCUCCCGGUCACACCAAGCCGGCACGAAAAAAGCCUUGGGCUACUCACCAGCAAGUUCGUUUCUCUUUUGCAAGAGGCAGAGGACGGGGUUUUGGACCUCAAGGCGGCAGCUGAUACUUUAGCAGUGAGACAAAAACGCAGAAUCUAUGACAUCACUAAUGUUUUAGAAGGAAUUGGAUUGAUUGAGAAGAAAUCAAAGAACAGUAUUCAGUGGAAGGGGGUAGGCCCUGGGUGUAAUACACGGGAGAUUGCUGACAAACUUAUUGACCUGAAGGCAGAACUUGCUGACCUUGAGCAGCGGGAACAGGAACUGGACCAGCAGCGUGUGUGGGUUCAGCAGAGCAUAAAAAAUGUCACAGAUGAUGUGCAGAAUACUGGGCUAGCAUAUCUUACCCAUGAGGAUAUAUGCCGCUGUUUUAGAGGAGACACCCUACUUGCAAUUAGAGCCCCAUCAGGCACAUGUUUAGAAGUGCCAGUUCCAGAGAAUACCAAUGGGCAGAAGAAGUUUCAGAUUCACUUAAAAAGUACAACUGGCCCAAUAGAAGUACUUUUGGUUAACAAAGAUACAUCAAGCUCUCCCCCAGUUGUUGUCCCUGUUCCACCUCCAGAAGACCUCAUCCAGGCUCCAGCUACAGUACCCAGUACACCACAAAGGCCAGCAUUGACUCCACAAAAUGAUACUGCUGCUAGCCCAGUUCCUGCUAUGCCCGACAGUCCUAUUUCAAAUUCAGAGUCACAAGAUUGCACAACUGACCAAACCCUCAGUAUGGAAAACACAGCUUCCUCUCGUCUUUCAAGUAUAGAUACAUGUCCACUUCAGUCUUCAGCCUCUUUGGACAACAGUACCGACUUACCAGAUCCCUCUACCUCAUUCCAGCCAAUUAAAUCAGAUCUCUCAGAUGUACUGGAAUUACCCAAAGAUAUAUCUGAUUUAUUUGAUCAAACAAAAGAAUGCAUCACUUCAGACUUGUUGGAAGAAUUAAUGUCCUCGGAAGUUUUUGCUCCUCUGCUCAGACUUUCUCCUCCUCCUGGUGAUCACGACUAUGUCUAUAAUUUAGAUGAAAGUGAAGGAGUUUGUGACCUCUUUGAUGUACCCAUCAACCUCUGAUAUUUUGAACUCGGCUUUGGGCCUUAUUUGUGAAUAAGAACUUUUUUGUUGUCUUUUAUGAAGAAAUGUUUCUAUUUUUGGAUAUCCGCGUGAGUUGUUACGGAAACCAUACCAGAGACAUUGCAGUGCAAAAAGACACUUAACUCCUCUCACUGUGAGAAUCCGCUCAUAACUUUUCCAUCCCUGUGAUGAGAGGACUGCUUGGCAAACCCUUCAUAGAGGUUGUCUGUAUUGAUCCAGCUUUAUUAAGUCCAUUACUACAUCUGACAGAAGCUUUUCACAAAUUUCAAGCACUUAACAUUUUUGCUGAAGUACAUAAUAUUUGGAUUUUUGGCUGAGUGUGCCUCAGUAUUUGGGCUUAGAAGUUCUUAAGUCUGUCCAAUAAUAUAGUAGGUGUGCAGUACCAUCCUCCAUAAACAAAUGGUUUUCCAUGCAGUAACCGUAAAAAAUAAGCUUGGUUGUCUUUUAUUAUGCUCUGACCUCACUCACUGCCAAAUCGCUGCCAGUCACUGUCUAGCUAAUUUACCUAAAUGAAAGAAGAUGUUGAUAUGAAAUUAUUUUUCUACAUACAUUUGCUGCGCCACAUGAACUAUUUGUAAUUUUUGUUUUCUACAAAAUAAACCCGUAUUUGCCAGUAGCACUUUAGGGAUGUAAAAACAAA